CUCAAAACACAAUCAAAGUCCUGGACGAAGCCACUCUGCUGAAACCCAAAAACCCCAGAGCAGCUUUACAAACAGGGAUUCAAGAUGGCAAUGGCAUGGAGGCAGAUAAUCACAAACACGAAAGGGGCAGUUUCAAUCCCAACACAACAAGCAAUUUCUACACCUGGGUUCUCUAGAUUCUUCUCCAAAUCGUCCUCUCGUUACAUCGUGAAAGUUGGAAUUCCAGAGUUUCUAAAUGGAAUAGGGAAAGGAGUUGAAGCCCAUGUGACCAAGCUUGAAUCUGAAAUUGGUGACUUUCACAAACUUCUUGUUACUCGGACUUUAAAGCUCAAGAAACUAGGCAUUCCUUGUCAACAGAGGAAGCUGAUAUUGAAAUAUGCUCACAAGUAUAGGUUGGGGCUGUGGAGGCCUAGAGCUGAACCUGUGAAAGCCAAAUAAAUCUCGGAAUCAUCAGUCAUUGGAGGAUUACAAGGUGUUUGUCGUUAACAUUCAUGCAUGCAAUUACGGUUGCAAAGAGUUUAGGUUUCAUGAAAUGUGCAAUCUUUUUUCGUAUCUGUCAAACAGUUUAGUGUAAAAAGUAGGUUUGUAUUAGCACAAGAUGCGGUGAACUUGGCGUGGCAAAACAGGUUGGCUGAUGAUAGCCCGCACUUGUCCU